AGCCUCGGUGCGGAUAUGGAGCAGACCUGCGGAAGCAGAGCUGACAGCACACCGAGCACACAGCCGCUCCGCCCGCCCGUCCCGCCGGUCUGUUCACUUGUUUACUUGUUUACUUGUUUACUCGGCUUGUUGUUGUGUUGCGCGUCACAGCAGGCAGGUCAAACUACAGCCGGAGCAGUUUACGGCAUGUCGUGGAACAGCGGAGAACACAGACAGGAGUGAGGACGCCAGCCCACGUGGAGACAGGGUGUUGCCGUGGUGAUGGCGGAAGCUCCGCCCUGCAAAGAGCGGCCCUGCCGUGACGAAGAGGAGGAGGAGGAGGAGGAGGAGCCGGCGUCCCCGGCGGUGGGCCUCAGCCUGUGUGGCUCCGCCCCCCUGGUGUGGCAUGCGGCGGACGUGCGUGCGGUGCGUGCUCUGGGCCUGGUGGGGGCGCUGGUGGGCUCGCUGCCCCGCCAGCCGCGGCAGAACGGCCGGCUGGGCCGCCCGCUGCUGCUGGGCCGCGAGGAGGAGAGGCUGCUGGCCGAGAGCCACCAAGCCGCACACCUCACACCUGCGCAGCAGGGUGGAGGUGAGGAGGCGCACCGGCAGCAGGUGGAGCAGUAUGAGGAGGCGCAGAGGAGGAGCUACGAGGAGCAGAGUGUGCUGGCUCUGCAGGACAGGAAGGGGGCGCUGCUGAGAGCCAUGAGCGGCCAGGACAGAGGUGAGGCUCCUCCAGACGGGACCUCAGACGAGGCUCUGAGUGGCCGCCUGCGGGCCCUGGACCAGAGCUUCUCCUUUCCCCGCUCGGCGCUGGCGGUGCAGCUGAGCACGGCGCGGGCCGGCCUCGCCUGCUGCCCCGAGACGCGCCGCUUCCUGCGGGCCAGCCGGCCAAUCAGGAGCCAGGACGACGGCCCCCGCGCCGAGGCCCGCUACCGCGUGUUCAGGGACCUGAGGGGGCGGGGCUUCUACCUGACCUCAGCGGGCAAGUUUGGAGGAGACUUCCUGGUCUACCCAGGAGAUCCGCUGCGUUUCCACGCCCACUUCAUCGCCGUGUGUGUGUCGCUGGACGAGGCCGUCUCGCUGCUGGACGUCCUGGCCGUGGCUCGUCUGGGCUCCAACGUCAAGAAGACCGUCCUGCUGUGCUCGCCGGCCGCCGGCGCGUCGGAUGACCAGCCGGACGUCGUCUACACCUCGCUGCAGUGGAGUGGGAUGGUUUAACCCCCAAAUCCCUGAGAAACACCUGGACCUGCAGCUUGGGGGGGGGGGCGGGGCCGCCAGGCGACCACGAGCCCCGGCUGAGAAGGACGCUCGUGUUUCUGCACGGACCAUAAUGCAUCUGAGGGGAUUGGAGCGAUUAUCAGUCUGGACGAUUAUCAGGGCCGAUUGCUCAGAAUUCUUCAGUAACUGGUGUGGAAACUUUGAUGGACAUGAUGUUUGAUAUGAAAACCAGUCAGACUCCGCCUCCCUGUCUGAAAGACAGCGGGACCAAAGCGAGUGGGCAGGGCCGCAUUUCUCACAAUAUGGUUCCAGUGUUCUUCUCCCUGUCCGGUGGAUUUGUGUUUAAUUUAGUUUGACAGAAAGACAGAAACUGACUGACCUGUCAGUUUAAUAUAUUUUUGUGCAUUGGUUCAGGAAAACAAAAAAACGUUUUGCUUUCCACAGCCAGUCAUCAGCUGUGUGGUUUCUGAGUGUUGAGAAGCAGAACAUUAUGAGGCGGCUGCUUCAACCACAAACUCACAGUCUGACUCUGUGAGGUGAAAUCUUCAGCAGGAUCUGAUAAAUGGUUUGUUGAUGUGGAAAAUGUGGAGGAGAUUGUAAAUGGGCCAAACAUUCAAAAUCAGUGGAAUUGAGCUUUAAUAAACUGCAUUAUAUUAAUCUGUGGAACAACAU